AUGGCCCGUCAGCUCGCCCCGUACAAGCAAGAGUUCCUUGAGGCGGCCGUCAAUGGCGGUGUGCUAAAAUUCGGCAACUUCGAGUUGAAGUCGAAGAGAAUUUCUCCCUACUUCUUCAAUGCUGGUGAAUUUCACACUGCUCGGAUGGCUGGUGCCAUCUCUGUCGCUUUCGCCAAGACGAUAUUGGAUGCCCAGCAGAAUGCUGGCCUCGAGUUUGAUAUAGUUUUCGGCCCGGCAUACAAAGGAAUCCCUCUUUGCUCCGCCAUAACCAUCAAGCUUGGCGAGCUUGCUCCUCAGAACCUGGAUACCGUUUCCUACUCAUUCGACAGGAAGGAGGCCAAGGACCACGGUGAAGGAGGCAGCAUCGUAGGCGCCAGCCUGAAGGGGAAAAAGAUUCUGAUCGUCGAUGAUGUCAUCACAGCUGGACUCGCAAAGAGAGAAGCCAUUGACAAGAUCACAAAGCAGGGUGGUAUUGUUACCGGCAUAAUCGUAGCCUUGGAUCGCAUGGAAAAGCUUCCUGCUGCUGAUAGUGACGAUUCCAAGCCUGGUCCCAGCGCGAUCGGCGAGUUGACGAAAGAAUACGGCAUUCCCAUCUUCGCGAUCCUCACUCUUGAUGACAUUCUUGAGGGCAUAAAAAGCUUUGCUUCCGAGGAUGAUGUCAAGCGCCUCGGCGAGUAUCGUCAAAAAUACAGGGCAACGGAUUGA